AAAAGGGCGCAUCUCUUCUUCCUGCUCGACCGAACCGCUCCGUAGGCAUGCUCCGAUGAGCGGCACGUUUGCGCGAACAAGAGGUCGACAUGGCCUUUCAGUCACCGUUCGGGUCGAAAAGAUCGCCCGACGCGAAGCAAGGUGAAAAUACGAGGAGGUUUGGGCAGCUGAAGCCCAUCUGCGUCGAGCUGCUUGGUCUUUCUUCGGCCGCGGGAAAGACGCCGACGGCUACAGCUAGCCUCGUACAGCAGCUCGACAAGCUUCGGACGACACUUGAGAAGUCUCGAGACCCACUCGCACGCGGCCAGGCAAGUGGAGUGACGGCGACGACGACGACGCCGACGGACACGCCAUUAUCGACCUCGUUGAUCCACUAUGUCUUCUUCCCGUUGACUCAGCUCCUUCGAAACCUUCCCUUGGGCGUUGCAAGUCUUCCAGACCGAGCAAGGGAGCACGUCUUUGUCGUGCUCGAGUGUCUAGCCAGGGACUGGUACCAGGCAUGGAUCGAUGACGGCGGGCCCAAAGCGUCGACGAUGGCAAAGCAAAAGGAGAAAUGGCAGGUCUGGGAACAGCUCUUGGUCCUGGGAGCGACUGCUCUUGGCGGACCGCCCUCGGAAAGCCGAGCAAAGAAAGAGAAAGGAGCCACUUCUUCGUCGGACGAGACGUUAGCAGCCGUGACCGCCUUUCUCGAAUCUCUCCUCAUUGCCAGGGUUUGUCCCGCAUUGCAUUCGCCUGCCUCAGACCUCAAUAAAAAGGAAGAAGAGUGGGAGUGGGACGGCGAAUCGGAGCUCCCGUCCUUGGACGACUACGAUACAAAGGAGGCAACGUCAGCGACAGCAGCAACAGUGAACGGUGACGCUCACAUCGAUCAAUCGCGGCAAAGCUUCCCCUCCAAGGCUCACCUCGACUUCACCCAAGAGAGCAAGACGUCAAAGGGGGCACUUGCGCACGCCCUUACCGCUGCGCUCGACAUUGCAUGCUCGACGGACGCAACCGCCCCACGCGACUACGUGCCCUCCCUGCGGACCGCCUGCCUUCGACUGGCCCGAAUCAUUCUCUGGACCUGGAUCGCUGGUAGCACGGAGCAGAAUGACGACCUCCUGGUGGCCAUCAGCCAGGUCCCGACUUCGCUACCAUACAAUGAAGAAACACCUUCACAAGACCGCAGGAAGACUCUGGCACAGCGAGCGGCAGUUUUUCUACCAGGCUUCGUCUCCUCUCUAACACGGCUUCUUUCGACACACCGAGGCCGUCACGACGAGUCAGAAGGUUUAAAUGGCAACGGGACUGCGCCAAUGUCGAAGAGAACCUUGCCAGGCCACUUGGCAGCUGAGGCACUAGACGCCCUCAGAGACGUUCUCGGUCUCUGCGUCCACGACGGUGUCGCUAUACAAAUCUUGCCCGACAAUCAUCUCAGCACUCUUAAACGCGUGGACGGAGGGGAUAGCAGCUUGACAGUGCUGGAGGAUCUCGUCGCUGGUGCCAGAUUGGAUGACAAGUCGAGACACCAGCACCCAUUGGCGAUUGAAAGGGUGUCCAACGCAGAGGCGCAAGCGGACAAAGUGGAAGGCAUCAAUGAGGCCUGGCUAAGGGACACAAUGAUACGGAUACACGUCGCCCUCGUCGCAAUCUCACCCACUGCGCAGCACAGUCACGCUCUCGCCCAGCUUGCUCUUGUUCGCCUGGCAGGCUACAUGCUUUUCGAAUGCUUUUUGGCCUCGUCUCUUGAAUUACGGCGAGAUGCCAGAAGCUCUGAUCCCGCCGAUACGGACAUCGCUGGCCUGCUCCUUGUCUGGAUCCUCGAUCUUGCAGCUUCACCCGCAGUUUCCACUAAUGUUCAAUCUCAGGCGAUUCAGGAAAUCGUGCGGCUCAUCGCUUCACCGGAAGACGAGAAUGACGCCCAGAGGCGCCAAAUUCGAUGUAAACUCCUCGACGACAUUCUUGAAACCACUCUGCGGCGGCUUCCUCGAGUCAUUCACGGCCAAAAGGACGAGGCGGUGACGCACCUGGCCCACCGCCUGACUUUCUUGAUCAAACACCUUAGUGGCGGCAUCGGCGGUCAGCCACUUCGCCCCUCGCCCGGUCUCUUGUCCCUGACCCGGCCAGCGACGGUUGAUGGCGCGCAUGGAUGGGACCAUUCAUCGUGGCUCGACAUUGUCCAAGUCGACGAGCAAGACGUCCAAGAGGUGGCAGGCAACCUGAGACCCAGACUUACCAAUCUAGAUGCGCUGGCAAGCGGUGCGAUCCUGGACGCUCUUCGUGAGCUAGGUCGAGGGUGCGGACGGAUAUUGCUCCUUGGCGAUGGUCUCGUCGAGGAUACCACUGCAGUGAUCCAGCUCUUCUUUCGGGAAGCAGCGCGCACAAGGACAUCACGAGGCCCAACUAGCGCCAAGAUGGUCGGUAGUAGGUCAACGUCGGUUUCUGCGUUGGUCAUCGCAGAUGAGAUGUUGCGUGGACUAGCAGAGAUCCUGGACGAUGCGAAGACGUCAAACAUAGCCGGACGAGAGGGCAAGAGGAUCAGAAAGGCUGCGCAUCGCUUGGCAAAGACUGUCAUUCGGCAAAUAAUCGAUGUUUGGGAGGCCGACCAGGAAGAGAUGCUCUCGAUCAAUGAUGCAGUGGGGAGAAAGACGGACGGCGGCGAGGCAACAAGGCAGCCGACAGGUGAACUCACGAGACGAGAAGAGGAGCAAGAAUACCGGGAGAAUGUCGUAAUUGAGCAUCACAAAAAGGGGGCACGCGCAGAAGGGAACCGGGAGGAAGUACGUGACUUGCAGGGCUUCGGGCCUGCUCUCGACCUCUCAAGCGUCACUUCAGAUAGUCUGUCGCUCCUCGACAAGGCCGGACCUGCUUCCAAGGCUGUCAUCGUUGAGAACGCGCAGAUCAAGGCAGCUUCCUCGCUUCGCCGAGGAGAUGCGGCACUUCUUUCGAUGCUUGGCUCGGCGGCUACCUUGCUGGGCCCGCUGAUUCGUUCAAGCCUUUUGCCUAUACUCUAUCCCGUCAUUUCGGCCGUCGCGGCCUCCUCCCCGUUGGUGCAGAGCGCUGCAGCUGAAGCGAUGCAGCGGAUCGCCCAUAGUGCUGCGUAUGCCAGCGUGGAGGGCUGCAUUCUGGAUCAUGCCGAUUACAUUCUCGGCGCAGCCAGCCACCGACUUGUGGCAAGUCUUGGCGUAGAGUUGGAGGCACUUGCGUCUUUUUCGCUCACUGAUCCAGUAAAGCCAUCAUCAACGGCCAUGACGACGACAUCUUUGGCGAUGAAAACGAGGCAUGAUCCGUUGACGAGCGCUCAAUCGGCGCCUCUGGUCCUUGUCGAAGUGAUACGGAUGUUGGGACCCGAAGCUGUUCCUCUGGUCGAGGAUGCAGUCGACGAGGUUCUUGACGCUCUUGAUCGUUUUCACGGCUUUGACGAGCUCUGCGAUGGGCUGUUACAGGUCAUGGAUCGAUUGAUUGAGGUAAUGGCUCCUCAGCCUCGGUCUUCUACAGGCGAGAAAAAGAGGAAGGGGAGAGGCCUCGGAACAAGACCAUCUUUGACGAGGCCUGGGGCGAGCGUCCAGUCAGAGCUGGACGACUUCGAGCAGUGGUUCAAGACGAGGAAAGAUCGGCCAAAGAUCUCGGAAGACGAAGGCAAAGCAUUUGACGAGAUCAUGGACGAGGUCGAACAGAAGCAGGCUGGGAAGAGCGGCAAUGACGAGGAUGGCGAAGCGGGGGAUCCGCCAAUGACUCGGUCCCAAGCCGUCGUCGGCUCUAUCAUGUCGAAGGCAAUUCCCUUUCUUUCGCAUGCGUCUCCCAUCAUUCGUGCGCGCUGUCUCGGCCUCUUGGCUCGCGGUGUGGCAAUUCUAGGACCACAGGAUCGCCCCGUUGAGCUGCUGGCGGCAGUCGAACGAGCGUGGCCAUUGAUAAUGGCACGACUCGGCUUCUCCAAGUCGAGACCUUUGCCCCUUUCCACCGCCCCACUUGCAGCUUUGGACGAACAAGAGCCGUUUGUGUGGACCGAAGCACUCAAGCUCGUCGGUGAACUCGCGAAGCAUCUGUCAGAAUUUCUUGGACCGAGAAAACUCAUCGACGAGGCUUGGCAGCGCAUCUCUCGACUCUUGAAGCACGUAGAGGCGCUUGUGCCCACGGCGAGGCCUCGCGUCGGUGCCUCCGAAGCCAAUCAGCCCAAGACCUACCUUCUCCAUCCUUCUUCUUCAUCAUCGAAUGUGGCACAGACGGGUGCUACCGGGGCGACUGCGAAGGGUGCCCUCGUGAAGAAGGCGACAGCAGCAAAGGGAGACCUCGUCCUUUGGCCCGCGCAUGGCCCAUACACGACUUUUCUGUGCAGCGCCAUGUCGGUCCUCUGUACCCUCAUUGACGCACUGGGAUGCGAGCAGGCCUCGCUACAGACGAGCCAUGCGCUCUCCAUCGCUUCACAUCCGACAUUGCUGGACUGCGCCGAUCGGAGGCAACCCAUCACUGUGCGCGAGACCGCAGGCAAGCUCUAUCAGUCCUUGGCCAAGUAUAAUGCCGAUCUUGUCUGGUUCGUCAUUGUGGACCAACAGCAAGCUCAGUCAAAGGGAACAGAUGGAAAAUACAGAGACAUCUGGUGGUUGCUCGAGACACUCAAAUUGUAGCAAAAUGAAAGUGAGAUGUACAGUAGCAGUAAUAAUAGAGUUGCAUGGAAAACGAUGCUCG